AGCGCAGUAAAGCUUGCUUUAAAAAACACAUUGGAGUCAAGCAAGCAAAUAUGAAGGUCCUCCAAAGAGAUGAGCAAAUGACUGCUGAGACUGUUCUGCUGAAACACUUACCCAAGAGUUAUCAGGUCUAUGGACUCUUACAUGCUUGUAACAGAAACCCAACUUGCAUACAGUUCAUUGUUGAUACUUGGCCCGAUUUUAAGGUCAUUCUUUGUCGUCCUGACCCGCACAACAAACAAGCCUCAGACUGGGGAAAAAGGUUAAUGUUCUACACCUCAGAUGAGAAGGUAUUGAGGAAAAUGUUAUUAGAAGAGGAUUUAAUCGACUGGAGCAAUUAUGUUAUUAUUGGAGGCUUUGAAAGUUCUCACACCUCCAUGGUCAAAGAGGUUUUCACACAGAGACGAGUCAACUACGAACUUCUGGCUUGUGCACAUCUUUUUUAUUUACCGGAUAGUAGCCAUCUGGUCACACCAGCUUUUGACAGUGAUAUUAAAUCAAGGAUUUCAUCCCUCGAUCUUUCUCAUGCUCAUCUGGUGAAUCAAACCUGGAAAUUUGGCGGGGGUGAAAUAGGCUACAAGAAGAUUGUACGACAAAUCAGCAACUUCCCUUCUUAUUGCAUCACUGAUGACCAGGCUCAGCCUGUAUCGUGGCUGCUUUUGCACGAAUACAUGGCAAUGGGCAUGUUGUAUACUGCACCUGAGCACAGACGAAAAGGCUACGCCUCUGUCCUGCUCUACACUAUGGCCCAGAGACUCCUUGCUGAGGGCCACCCAGUGUUCUGCUAUGUAGAGGAAAACAACACAGUCCCAUUUAAGCUAGUUAAAAGCCUGGGUUUCAUCGAGGAUCCCUCUUACAGAGACAUAUGGGCUAGGUUUGACGCAUGAUUUUAACAAGCAACUUUCAUAUGAUCAGAUAAACAAAACUUGUGAUUUCACUUGCUUGUACGCAAUGAACCUGUGGCAUUUAUAUGAUUUAUUUCUGAUAAGCUGCUUCGUGAGAUGGGCUAACUCACCUGCUUGGCUAUUUGAUUUGAAAACAAAGACAUUUCAGAAACAAUGAUCUUACAUGACCUGCUUACCUGACUGCUUAAGUUACAAGUUAUACUUUUACUGUUUAACCACAGACAAUGUAAAAAAAACAAUCAAAAAUAUUUCAGCUCUUCAUAUCAAGAAAUAUUGUAUCCUAUUGCCUGUAUGUAUGCAGAGUUUAUAACUGUUCUUGACCAAUGUUAAAAUACCUUAACUAUCUGUAUACAAAAACUGUGCAUAAAUCUUUUAACCAGC